AUGCGCCGGGCCCUGCGCGCCCGUUGGCUGAGCAGCGAGGCGACACCUGCGUCAGACCGCCGGCGCUGACGUCACGGGGUGCGCGCGUGACGUCACCGCGCGUGAGAGGGUGGAAAGGCUGUGAUGAAGAACCAGGGAGUGGAGAGCAAAGCAGCUCCACGUCCUUCCAGAACGAGCAGCGGGAUGGGGCUGGAAGAGGGAGACUCACCAGAGGCUGCAGCUCCCCCAGAAGCUCCCCAGGAGGAUCCCAAACCCUCCCGGCCCUCGGUGCGCGACGUCUCGGAGGAGCUGAGCCGGCAGCUGGAGGACAUCCUCAACACCUACUGUGUGGAUGCCAGCCAGGACAACCAGGGCGAGGAAGGAGGGCAGGGAGAGCCCCCUGAGCCCGAGGAACCCGAAAAGGGCCGGAGUGAAUCCCCCAGGAACGGGGAGCAGGAGCCAGGAGCCCCCGAGAUGAACGGGGAGAAGGAGAACGCCAAAGGAAACGAGGAAUUCCGGCCUGGAGAGGAGGGUGGAGAGAGGGAUCAGAAGAAAGCUCAGGAGAAGAAGAAAGCCAAGGGUUUAGGCAAGGAAAUCACUUUGCUGAUGCAGACCCUGAACACCCUGAGCACGUCAGAGGAGAAAUUGGCAGCACUGUGCAAGAAAUACGCUGAGCUGCUGGAGGAGCACCGGAACUCUCAGAAGCAGAUGAAGAUCCUGCAGAAGAAGCAGAGCCAGCUGGUGCAGGAGAAGGAUCACCUGCAGAGCGAGCACAGCAAGGCCAUCCUGGCCAGGAGCAAACUGGAGAGUCUGUGCCGGGAGCUGCAGAGGCACAACCGCACCCUCAAGGAGGAGGGUGUCCAGCGUGCCAGGGAGGAGGAGGAGAAGAGGAAGGAGGUGACCUCACACUUCCAGGUGACUCUGAACGACAUCCAGCUGCAGAUGGAGCAGCACAACGAGAGGAAUUCCAAACUGCGCCAGGAGAACAUGGAGCUGGCAGAGAGGCUCAAGAAGCUCAUUGAGCAGUACGAGCUGAGGGAGGAGCACAUUGACAAGGUGUUCAAGCACAAGGAGCUGCAGCAGCAGCUGGUGGAUGCCAAACUGCAGCAGGCCCAGGAGAUGCUGAAGGAGGCAGAGGAGAGGCACCAGCGGGAGAAGGACUUUCUGCUGAAGGAAGCUGUGGAGUCACAGAGGAUGUGUGAGCUGAUGAAGCAGCAGGAGACCCACCUCAAGCAGCAGCUGGCUCUGUACACAGAGAAGUUUGAGGAAUUCCAGAACACCCUUUCCAAAAGCAGUGAAGUGUUCACAACGUUUAAACAGGAGAUGGAGAAGAUGACCAAGAAAAUCAAGAAGCUGGAGAAGGAGACCACCAUGUACCGUUCCCGCUGGGAGAGCAGCAACAAGGCCCUCCUGGAAAUGGCAGAAGAGAAAACCCUCCGGGACAAGGAGCUGGAGGGGCUGCAGGUGAAGAUCCAGCGCCUGGAGAAGCUUUGCCGGGCGCUGCAGACGGAGCGCAACGACCUCAACAAGAAAGUGCAGGACCUGUGUGCCCACACGGACCUGGUGGAGCCUCUGAAGGAGCCAUCCCGGGACAGCUCCGAGGCAGCUCCUCAGGAUUCCCUGAGCUCGGGAAAGGCCCUGCAGAGCCCGGAUCCCGCGGGAAUGGCGGCAGAACUGAGCACGGCAGGGGCGGGGCAGAGCGGGACUGAGGAGGGCACGGAGUGAGCCCAGGGCAGGGCACGGAGCUGGGCUGAGGGAGGGUGACCUGGGAGCUGCUUUUAGAUUCCACUCUGCCUGUCCUGGCACAGGUGGGAAAAGACAGGACACAGCCCUCCUGGGGAUGUGAGAUUUCCUAGUUUAGGUUUUUUGGAGGGUUUUUUUAAGAUUUUAUAUAUAUAUAUAUAUAUGAGAUAUAUAUAUGAAAAUGUGCAGGGCAACAUUUUAUGGAUAUCCAUGAGAAGCAGAAGGGCCCAGCCAGCUCCCUGCCUGUGUGAAUAUUGAAAAGAUGGAGCCUCAACUGCUCAUCCCUCUCCCUAAAGGACCUUGUCCCUGGCAGGCUCAGGAGAGUCCCAGGGCACAGGGACAAGGGACGCUCCUCCACCAUCACAACGACUCCACCCUGGACUGAAAGCAGAGCUGGGAGAAUUCCAGAGCAUUCCCAGCGCUGGCUUCUCCCUCUUCCCUCUGCCAGGCAGGAGGGAGCUCCUGGACUGGCUCUUGCUGGCAGCUCGUGGUGAGCUGAGGGCACAAGAGGCCGUUCCCCUCCUCUCCGUGGGUUCUGUGUCUGGACUGGGGACAAGGAGAAGCAGGAAAGGGGGUGCCUGGUCCCACCCCCGGGAAUUUUUUUGCUCUUCCCAGGCCCUGCCAAUGUCUCAAAACCGCCUUACGAUUCACAGUUGCCUCUUUGCUGAACGCACACGUGCACAAAGUGUAUUAAACAUUUAAUCCAAAGGUCUAA